AUGUUUUCCCGGAGAGUGCUGUUAUCAUGGCCGAAAGAAGUUAGGCACUACUCGUCUGAACCCUCUCUUCUGUCCACUCCCUUCACAGACCUGCAUAUCAAGCUCAAAGCCACCAUGGUCGAUUUUGCGGGUUAUUCGAUGCCUGUUCUUUACAAGGGCCAGACUCAUAUCGAGUCGCACAAGUGGGUCAGAGCUAAUUGUGGUGUCUUUGACGUCUCUCAUAUGCUGCAGCAUCGGAUCAAAGGACCGAACACUACCUCUUUUCUGCAGAAGCUAUGUCCCACUGACUUGCGCUCUCUCAAGCCAUUUCAUUCCACACUGAGCGUGUUGCUUAAUAACAACGGUGGAGUUAUUGAUGAUUGCAUGAUCACGAAGCACGACGAAGAUAGCUUUUAUAUCGUUACUAAUGCAGGCUGCAGAGCCAAGGAUAUUGAGUUCAUCAAAUCAGAGCUCAGCAACUACAAUGAAGGUUCUGGUAUCGAACACAACACGUUUGAAGGUGGCCUUCUUGCAAUCCAAGGGCCGAAAGCUCAGGAAGUUGUGUCUAAGUUCACUUCGUCUGAUCUGAGCACCUUAUACUUUGGCCAGUCCAGAUUCAUUCCUUUAGAUGGUUUCGGAUCCUCGGAAAAAUUCCAUAUUGCAAGAGGUGGCUACACUGGUGAAGAUGGUUUUGAAAUCUCCAUCCCAGAAAUAGGCGUUGCCAGAGAUUUCUUCCUUGCUCUUUUGCAGAGCGACGUUGUGAAACCAAUCGGCCUUGCAGCAAGAGAUUCGCUGAGGCUCGAAGCAGGAAUGUGUUUAUACGGCCAUGAACUGAACGAAGAGAUUACACCUGUUGAAGCGUCUUUGAACUGGUUAGUGUCCAAGUCAAGAAGGUCGGACAGCUUCAAUGGAAGCGAAAAGAUAUUGAGUCAGCUGGAAAACCCAAAGUCGGUUUCCUUCAAGAGAGUUGGCAUCAAAUCCAAAGGCCCCUCCCCUCGUCAGGGAAACAAGAUUUUCGCGAGCGACAAUCAGUCUAAACAAAUUGGUGUGGUUUGCUCUGGAUCUCCUUCCCCUACUCUUGGAGGCAACGUUGGUCAGGCAUUCAUCAACAAACCUUAUCAGAAGACCGGAACCGAAGUUCUGAUUGAAAUCAGAGGCAAGCUAAGACCCGCAGUUGUGUCCAAGAUGCCGUUCGUUGAGCCAAAAUAUUAUCGGCCCUAA